AUGUCUCUAGUACCAAAACGCGAUGUUAAUAAAAUCGAAUGGGAAGAUGUUGAAUUUCCAAGUAUUUGUGAGCGGUGUUUAGGAGAUAAUUCGUAUGUUCGUAUGACUCGUGAACCUUUAGGACAAGAAUGCAAAAUAUGUUCACGGCCAUGCACAAUAUUUCGGUGGUCAAGUUCGAGAGAAAGAAAGAGAGGAAAAACUCAAAUAUGUGUAGGCUGUGCUAGACUGAAAAAUUGCUGUCAAGCGUGCAUGCUCGAUUUGCAGUUUGGGUUACCGAUUGCUUUACGUGAUGCAGCAUUAAAAAUGGUGGACAGUGGUCCAACAAACGACAUUAAUCGGGAGUUUUUUGCUCAAAACCAGCAGAGACUUUUGAAAAACGAAGAAACGCCAUAUGAUAGUCAAGAAUCAAAUGCUGUUGCUAGAAAUCUGGUUCGAAAAACUGAACGACGAGAACCUUACCAAAAACCUGCGCGAAGAAAACUUGAUGAACAAGAAUCUAAGCAACUAUUAAAGGAUGCUAAAGCAAGUGAUACAUCAAAAAGCUCCGAAAAAUCACUUUUUCCUAUUAAAAAAAUCGUAAAUGGCCGUGUUUUGCUUUCAAUAGACAUGGAACCACCUAAAGAUAAAAAAAUUGCCUCCCUUUUCAUUAUGGGUGUUGAGGACGAACUCCCAGAUUAUAAAAUCCGAAAACACUUUGAACAAUAUGGUCCCCUUAAGUCUGUUGUCUGUUCCCAUCGUGCGAAAUGUGCUUUUGUCAACUAUAAAAGCAGAUUAAGUGCUGAAAUUGCAGCUGCAUCUUGCCCGAAUGGAGAUCUUUCUAUUGAAGGAUUUCGUCUUAAAGCUCAAUGGGGUAAACCUCGUUCCUUAGGAGGACCGGAUCAAGAGACUCGAAAUGCCAAAUUGGCAGAUCUAGUCAUGCACGGAAAAAAUACUCCAGAAAAAUCUUCUAAUAGCGAGCAAUCCUUCAAUGAAGCUGAUGGUGCCGCCUCAUCUUCUGCGCCGACUGCUGCUGUUGCUCAACCAAUCUCUCCAAAUCAACCAAAGUAUCCAUCGCAGAAUACUCGGUAA